AUGCCGCUGAACACAGCCUCGGAAGGCUUUCUGCUUGGAGAUGUGAAAGGUGAAGCCAAGAACAGCAUUACUGACUCUCAGAUGGAUGAUGUUGAAGUUGUGUAUACAAUUGAUAUACAAAAGCACAUUCCAUGUUAUCAACCCUUCAGCUUUUACAACGCAGCUGGAGAACUGAAUAAACCAGCGCUGAAGAAAAUAUUGUCAGGGUGCAAAAAGAAUGUGGUAGGUUGGUACAAACUCAGGCGUAAUACUGACCAGACAAUGACGUUUAGAGAACAGCUUCUUCACCAGCACUUACAGUCACACUUGUCAAAUCAGGGUCUUGUGUUUCUGUUACUCACUUCCAGUGUGACCUCUUCAAGUUCAUCCACUUACAAACUUGAAUAUGCAUUGCAUAAGCCACAAGAGGGGCUUCUUCAGAAAGUGCCAGUAGUUGUAGCCAAUCUAGGAAUGGCAGAACAGCAAGGUUAUCGAACUGUAUCUGCUUCUUGUAUUUCUUCUGGCUUUUGUAAAGCAAUCGCAAUACACAGGUCAGAAUUCUUUAAUGAAGAUGGGUCUCUAAAAGAAGUUCAUAAGAUUAAUGAAAUGUAUGUAACUUUGCAGACAGAACUAAAGAAUCUGUGCAGUAAAGUAGUGGAUAGUGAAAAAUCAGUAGAGAAUCUGUUAUCACAAAUAGAUCAGCUGAGACAAGAAAUAAGAAGCAAAAAAGAACAGAAGAAAACUGCAGAAAAGAACAGAAAUUACUCAGAGGAGCCCAAAGAAAAUAUUUUUCUUUGUCAAGCUUUGCAGCACUUUUUCCCAAAUUCUGGGCUGCAGACAAGCACGGUUACUUUAAAGGGAAGGCAGAUUUCUAAGCAGUGCUGCACUGUCGACCACAACAUCAAAAUAACGGACCGGUUAACUUUAAUGAUCAAAGAAAGUAGUUUCCCUGAAGCUGAAACAAGGCAGACGAUGAAGCGAAAAGGUACUGUGAACACAAGCGGCCCAAAGCCAUUCAAAAGACUGCGAUCAUUCCACCAUACUCAGAAACUGUUUCAAGAAGACCAGGAAAGCCGUGACCAAGAAAUAAAUGUUACAAGUAACACCAAACCAACAGAAAGUGUGACACACUGAUGGAUGCACACUGCCUUUAAUCCCUUCAAGUGGCAAAGGUUUUUGUUUUUUUUAUUCUCACCCAUUGCUGCCUCUCAUUAGCGCGCUUCAUUAAUACAUGGAAUAUUUGAGCAACAUUUUGCAAUUCAAACAUACCAUUUUAAAUCAGCAUCUUUCUCACAACUUGGAAAAAUGUUCAGAUUGCUCUUUCUCAUUAAAUCUGUAUAUUGCUUACUCCCAGCGUUUCUCAACCUUGGCAUCGUGAAGACGUGAGGACUUCAACUCCCAGAAUUCCCCAGCCAGC